AUGUGCGUACAUAUAGAUGCCAGUUCUGCAUACUUACUUACACCUCUUCUACAGACAUCCCUCGCCUUUUCUCGGCUUUGGCACCAUGUGGAUGCACGAGAACGUGUGCUAGGUGGUCUUGCGCGCUCGAUUGCCGUGACACUCAUGGGCAAGCACAAGCCUGUGUAUGACCAGUCACGAGAUGUGGGUGACUAUGUGGUCGUGACGAAUGCCGAGCACAUCACUGUGACGGGGCAAAAGGCUGAAAAAAAGCUGUACCGUCAUCACACUAUGUACCCUGGUGGUCUCAAGGAGAUCCCCUUCAAAACCAUGAUGCAGACCAAACCUGAACAAAUUCUUCGGCGCGCCGUUUCGGGCAUGCUCCCCAAAAACAAGCUGCGUGAGCGUCGGCUUGAGCGUCUGAAGAUCUUUCCCAACGACGUGCAUCCUUACGAGGCAAACAUUGUGAAGCGCUAUCGCGCCUGA